ACUCUGGCUCAAAUACGCAGUGGCUACUCAAUGGUCCUUCGCCAGUACCAGCACCGGCUCGACCCGUCCACACCCGACUACUGUCCCGAUUGCGGCGUUUCUCCGCAUGACUGUCAGCACCUGUUCGCCUGCAGUUCCUGGCCAGACACCCAACUCACCCCCGCGGACCUUUGGCUCAAGCCGGUCAAGGUCUCGGCUUUUCUCCGUCUCCCAACUACUCCCAUUUUGGAUUCCGGCGGGGUCCCCUGA